CAAUUGGUGAGAGCAAUGCAGCUUUAAACCGGUCCAUAAUGCCUUGCGGUGUCCCAGUUCCGUUACAAUGUAUGUACCAGGCUGAGCAUUAACAGAGCUGGAGGUCUCAGUGACCAGUGUAACUACCCUCUACCUGAAUCGGAAUCCAAGACUAUUAACUUUAUAGCGGCUGCUUUUAAAUAACGUCACGGACAGACCGGACGACUGGAACUCUGGAACUAUUACAGUGCAGAUUUUAGGCUGCUGUAGUCGAGACGGUGAGAAGAAAUAUGUAGUCUUGCUGCUGCUUUCAUGCUCAAGAAGACCUUGGACACAAGCGAAGUGGAGUGGAACACUGUAGCGGGCUGACGGAAGUGUAUGGUGCACCUCGACACUGCAUCUGGAAGCAGAAUGCGCAAGAGAGCCCAGUCCGAAGCCCUGACCAUCACAGAGGUAUGACCUCACCCAGAUGAGAGCCAUGGAGCUGAAAGUGUGGGUGGACGGAGUCCAGCGGAUUGUCUGCGGGGUCACGGAAGUCACCACGUGUCAGGAGGUGGUGAUCGCACUGGCCCAGGCCAUAGGACGCACGGGGAGGUACACACUGAUCGAGAAAUGGCGGGAGACCGAGCGCCACCUGGCCCCGCACGAGAACCCGGUGGUGUCGCUCAACAAGUGGGGCCAGUACGCCAGCGAUGUCCAGCUGGUGCUUCAGCGCACAGGCCCGUCGCUGAGCGAGCGGCCCACCUCGGACGGCAUGGCGGGCCGCGUGCCCGAGCGCGGCCUCUACCGCCAGAGCCUGCCGCCGCUGGCAAAGCUGCGGCCGUCGGCCGCCGACCGCUCGCUCAAGCGGCGCGAGCCCAAGCGCAAGUCGCUCACCUUCACCGGCGGCACCAAGGGCCUGCGCGACAUCUUCGCCGGCAAGGGUCGGCAGGAGCACCACCUCCACCACCACCACCGGGCCGCCACGCCCAUCGCCCACGCCUACUCGGCCGCGGCGGCCGCCAGCGCCACCGCUAGCCAGGCCAGGAACGGCGCGCUCACGCCCGUCCCCCUCGCCGGCCACUGCCCCUCGCCGGACCUCAGCCGGCUGGUGCAGCUGCAGAAGGAGAAGCUGCGCUCGCUGGAGAGCCGCCUGCAGAGCUGCGAGGCCGAGAUGCAGGCCUGGCUGGACGGCACCGAGGCCAGCGGCGGCGGCGUCGGAGGUCGACUGAAGGAGGAGGACGAGCAAAACGGGGAGGCGCGCGAGGAGAACGAGGAGGAGCUCCUGCGCCUGGAGCAGCAGCUGCGGCGCAACGAGGCCGAGAUGCAGGAGGAGGAGUUCUGGGAGAACGAGCUGCAGAUCGAGCGCGAGAGCGAGCGGCAGCUACGCGAGCAGCUCCAGGAGCUGCGUGCGCGCGUGCAGGAGUGCGAGGCGCGCCUGGCCGACUGCCUGGCGCGCGCCCAGGCCAUGGAGGCCGGCCUGGAGGCCGAGGAGCGGCUGCAGCGAGAGCUGCAGGAGACGCGGCUGCAGCAGGACGAGGAGGAGCUGCGCGCGCGCCUGGAGAAGGUGCGCGCCGAGCUGGAGCUGCAGGCGCAGCACGCCGCACGGCUGGACAGCAGCUGCCGCGCCGUCGACCGCUCGCUCGGUCAGUCCAGCAAGAGGCUGCAGGAGAAGGAGCAGGAGCUGGAGCAGUUGACCAAGGAGCUGCGACAGGUCAACCUCCAGCAGUUCAUCCAGCAGACGGGCACCAAAGUCACGGUGCUGCCGGCCGAGCCCACCGAAGAGGAGCCUGGCACAGACGGCGCUGACCCAGGCACUCUGAAGCGCCUGGGCUCCGGACGCCAGCUCCCCAACGACCUCCGCGCCCUGCAGAGCCCGCAUUCCUCCAGCUUCAACCCCGAGGGGAUCUACGUCUGACCCCUCCUCCGCCCCCCGCCCCCCGCCCCCCCCCCCCUCCCAACCUCGCAAGGCCAAGAGACUCUGAAUGGGGGACAUUACAUGAGGGGAUCAACAAGAGUGUGUGUGUGUGUGUGUUUGGGUGGGUGUGGGGGGGUGUUGGGGUGAGGAAGGGAUGACUAGGGGAAAGUCAUGUGGGAUCCCUCUUUGAUGCGAUGGGGCCUCAUUUGAACAUGCUGAAUUUUAGGAAUGCGUACGUGUGUGUGUGUGUGCGUGUGCGUGUGUGCGUGUGUGUGUGUGUGAUCUGUGCCGUGGAGCCCACCAGUGAACCAGCCUUGAGCAGAGACUACCUAUCUUAUCCGGGCGAGAUUCAGCAUGAUCCAGCCUUUGGUUGUCCAGUCUUCAUCAGACCCAUCUCUGGAUUAGCCUCCGUAGCAUUGCUGGCCCGCGGAUGGCCGUCGUUGGAUCGGUGGCCAGGGGAGAGCCUCCCAACCUCCUGCUGGACCCUGGCUCAACAGCAUGUGAUCCACCACAAAAAAGACUUCAGUACUCAUCAUGGUGACUAUUUGACGAUCCAAUGAAUGCUCUUGGAGUCAGACCAACCACAUUUGCUGAUCCUGGAUCAGAUUAAUCUUCAAGCAAUGUUGGGGUUAGCAAACCCCAAUCUUGUAUAAGCACUCCUGACACACAACAUACACUAUUAAAAAAACAUAUUAACAGGCUUCUGUCGCACAUUACGGUUGAUCUGAUGAAACCUUUAAGCAUAUCUUGUUUUUACACUAAGUAGUCAUUAUUCUACACCAUAAUAAUCAUUAUAAUCUGUGCAUGUAGAGUAUACAUGUCGCCUUAUAUUUUUCUGAGAUCAUGACUUUGCUGGGCGGUGUGGAGUGGUGAGAGGUGUCCUCAGACAUUGAAGGAGACCAGGACAGUAUUUCAUUUUUUUUUUCUUUAUCAUGUUGAACUCGUGGCAGCUAAGUCCCCAAAGACCUCCGAUAAAGAUGUCAUUCUCACUAAAAUGGCUUAACCUCUCUCCUCUUUUGUUUUCGUUUUCUGUCUGUCUCUCUCUCUGUACACACACACACACACACACACACACACACACACACACACACACACACACACACACACACACACACACGUACACUUCCAGGUCUUAGCAGCACAGACCACUCUUUGCGGAACACAUCAUCUUCAUACAUUUCUGCGGUUCUGCAUGAACAGAAAUGAAUACCCAUUUAAUAUGUAUGCUCAGUAUUAUUGCUGUUUAAUCCUUUUUUUAGUAUGUUUAAUGUGUGUUGAGGUAACCACCCAAGCAUUUAGGAACUUCUCUUUGAUGGGUCGCAUUAUACUCUUAAAGGUUGCUUUUGUUCACAGUAUCAUUGAGACAUUCACCUUCAGAAUCUGUGGAUUCUGAGCUCAUAAAUGACAUAUACCAAAGCCAAUGAGUCAGACUGGGUAUUGUGCAGUACUAGACUGAAUGUAGCAGAGCUGAGGUUGUACAGCAGGUGGAAGUCAGCAACCACACAAGGUCCAUUAUUAUUGAAACUGCAUUUAAGUGUUGCUAAUAACUGGAUGGGAAAAUCCUUGUGGUGUUGUAGAGGGAUUUGAUUGAAUUUUACACGCACUCAUAUACGUACACACACGUUUACAAUUUAGCUCCUAAUGUUGGAGGACUGGAAAUGCCGACUAAUUUAGUUGCAGUGGAGCUACAUUUUUUAUUGCCAUGUUGUCCUCGGAACGAAAGAGACAGAGACAGUCUCAACUUUAGAGACCUCAUUUAACCUGAGUGGUGGGGAGUUUUUUGUUCAUUCUCAAACGGCUAGCCAGGCCAGCUCACCUACACUAACCAGUGGUCCUUAGUGUACUUGUGUCACCUGGUUGAUCUCCACAGAGGUGACGUGUGUUGUAGUGCCUCAUUAGUGCAGAGCUCAGCAGGCCAUAGAUGUGAGGCAGUGGAAAUCUUGUCCUUCUCUCCCCAUCCCUUGCACGAACAACUAUCUCUCACUUGAUGCAACAGGAGACUGACAGCAUGCCUUACUGAAAAAUAAUAUGUAAAUAACCAAUACAUAUCACUACUUAGUAAAGAAAAAUACAUAUUUUUAAUGUUAAAUAAUGCACAAUGCUUUUGUUGUAAAAUAUGUUAAUGAAUAGCUUAUAUGAACUAACUUUUUUAUUUUGUUUUGUUUUCAGAAGCUCUCUUGGGCAGUUAGCUCUGCAUGCACUGAUGGUUUUGAUUGAAGUCUUGAGUUGGAAGAGAUUGCUAAACAGUGUGUGUGUCUCUCUCUCUUUCUCUCUCUCUCUUUCUCUCUCUGUAUGUGUGCGUGUGUAUGUGUGUGUGUGUGCUCAAGUGUUUCUUUCUAGCCCUGUUAACGUGUAGUAUUCAGACUAUGCAGUGACAACACAGCAAGCUCUUUCUCAAUGCAGACAAAUCAUAGGCAAAAUUCUAUUGAAACCCACCUCCAGAGCAAACCAAACCCAAAUCCCAGAGCCGAGGCUAAUCUUCCUGCUGUCACGUGAAGUUGUGAAGUCCAAAAGAUACUAGAUACUAGUUGAAGGACAUGGCGGAUGGCUAUAUUAAUUCUGCCUCUUCUCAGAUGUACUGUAGAGUAGAUUCAAAUCAAACACCUUUGAAAUAUGCCUGAGUAGAAUCUACAGUAUAUAUUUUUAUAAAGUUAAACAUGUUUGACUUUGUCAAAAAUGUUCCAGUUAAAGAUUUUGCUUGUUCUGAAGCUAUAACUGAAAUGACAAGAGUAUUGUGCCUUUAAAAUGUGCUGGUGGUGACAGCAGAGUAGUGUUUUGAUAUACUGAAGGUAAAAUGGGCAUUUGUUGAUUACCCUGAAUAGACACAGGGAAACAUUUCGAGAAACUUUCCCCCAAAAUCUGUUUCAAAGAAUAUGCACUGAUUUGUCAACAUCGAUUUUGAAGGAGUUUCUGUGUCCAUCUGGUUUUGAUGACGUGUGCUGUUGUAUUCUAGUCCCAAAGUGAUGACUUUUAAACAUCGCAAUAUUUUUGUGUUAGAUGUAGCAGUUCAAAUGAAAGAUGGGGAUUGGCACAACUUCCUAGAUAUGAAUUGCUUUAUGGAGCUAGCUAUGUUGUGCUUACUCUUGUCUGGGAGGGGAGGGGGGGAGCAUGUAUAGUGACUGAUCUAAUCAUCUGUCUUUAACUAAGUAUAUUAUAAAUCUGGUUACUUUGUGUGGUAAGAGUAAGCAAUAAGUUGCAUAUUGACUGAGAUGGAACCAACAUGAAGUGCCAAAUCAAUGCGCAAAACCUAAUUCUGUUCUCUUCACAAAUACUCCUGUUCACACAUAAAAGGAUUUUCAUCCAACUGCCAAACCCUUCUAGGUGGGUUUUGAAAUAUGAAAAAUGUCUGGCAAUUUUCUCAACCUGUGACAGAAUUUGAUGUACUGAGAUGUGUUCACACGCAGUGACAGUCAGGUCUCAAACAAUCUCUACCCUCGGUUUGUUUUUUAUUAUUUUGAUUUUUUUUAAUUGAUGUCAAAGCUUUGGUACAACACCAAACUCGUGUCUGUAAAUGCCUGGAAAAGUUAAGAUGUGGUGGUCCCACAUUGGUAGAACAGUAUAGCAAAUAUUUAUGGCAACGUUGUUAAAAGCUGCUGUAAUACUGUACAAUACAUAAUAAAUUUAGAACAGUGCUCAAUGUA